AUGGCGGACAGUAAAUUAUGUGCUGGUUGUCAGCGCAGUGAUGAAGACAUUCCAGCUGUAUCUUGGUGCAGUGACUGCAGUGAACUUGUAUGCAAGGCGUGUUCUAGAGUUCAUGAAAGGAUGUCCCCGCCUCACAAGAUAGUACCAACGCAAGAGAUACAACAACUCAGUUCGUCACUUUUUACAUUGUCCAAGAACUGCGACAAUCAUCCAGAUCAAAAGAUUGCACUGUACUGCUGUCAACAUGACAAGGUAGUCUGCGUUUCAUGUGUUCCUGUAUCACAUCAAAAUUGCAAGUCUAUCAUUUCAAUUGAAAAAGCUGCUAGAGGCGUGAAAGAUGGUACCGCUAUUUCUGAUCUAGAAAGAAGAAUUUCAAAUUUAUGUCAUGUUACAGAGAACAGACGGAGUCAAAGUGAGAAAACACUUGUAGAUUUGGAAGAAAAUCGUACCAAAAUAAAGACAAGGGUGUCUGAAAUGAAACGGAAAGUCAUUGCUCAUUUGAAUACGUUAGAAGCAGAGAUACAUAAAGAUAUUGAUUUUAAGUAUGAAAAUUGUACUGAGAGUGUGUCCCGAAAUAAAAUAAGCAUACAGUCCAGCGCAGACUCGCUGUCUACAUGGAAAAGUGAUCUAAAUUCACUGAAACUACACACAUCAGAAGUUCAUUUAUUCCAGGUGGUAAAAUUUCUAGAUGCAAAAACUUACCAGAAAGAAUUAGAAAUCAGAGAAAUCCAAACAGCUCAUGUACCCAUACUUAAAUAUCAUCCGUCAGAAUAUGAGUCGACCAUUAAGAAAUUAAUCCCAGACUUGGGUACAAUAACGGUAGAAAAUGUCCAAGUCCAAAUGCCUGUACUAGAUAUCGAUCAACAAUCUCAAUCUUUAGUGAAAGACGAACGAAAGUUUUCACUGACACAUUCAUUCGAGACCACGGAAUUAGGUAAUGAAGUAGGUAUCAAUAGAGGAUGCUUUAUUCCUGAUAAUAGAUUACUCCUCUGUCACUACUUGAGCAAACAAGUUUUUGUAUGUACACUGGAUGGAUCGAACUCCAAAGUAAUUGAUUUGGAUUAUGCACCACAUGAUAUAAGCUUAUAUGACAAAAAACAUGCUGUAGUAGCUGUAGGUUAUGCAGGUAUCAAGAUCAUCAACCUGACAUCAUUGAAGCCUGGUAGGAGAAUUCAAGUUAAAGGAUUCUGUGAUGGAAUAACCAGUGUAAAGGAUAAGAUCUGGGUAAGCAAUAAUGCUCAAACUCUAACCUUAGUGGAUAUCAAUGGUAAAGUUCUUAAAGUUAUACAAACAACAUUUGAACCUAGGAAAAUCUGUGCCAAUCAAGAUGGUGAUGUCUAUUGUACUUACAUGUACUUUGAUAGUAGUAAAGUAUUCUUAGUAUCUUCGGAUGGAAAAGAACGUGAGAUAUACAACAGUCCUAUCCUGCAAACUUCUUAUGCUGUAGCUGUAGAUGACCGUGGUGAUGUGUAUGUAUCAGGAGGUGUAUCAAACAACAUACAUAAAAUAUCUAAUGAUGGACAGAAACAUGACAUUGUCUUGUCAGCAGGCGAUGGCAUCAAUGGACCGUCUGGUUUAUCUUACAACAAUGAAACAAAAGAUCUGUUAAUCGUAAACAACUGCGGUAGAUCUAUCAAUAUCUAUAAAACCCAAUGA